AUGUGUGAGCUCAGUGGUAAACGACGAUGCUAUUCACAUCGAGACGUAGCGAUAGUCGUAGAUCCAAAUGCUUCGAUGAGGUUCGAUCAUCGUAAAUAUUAUCUGAGUAAUCGCGAUUUUGCUGACAUGGGAAUUCCAACAAAUGAACAAAUAAUAGAUAUUUCACAACGUAUUGUUCUACAUUGGAUAUGUUUACAAUCAUCAAAUACUUCUCAUAAUCAUAAAACAGAAUUUAAAUCAAAUUUAGAUACUCAAUGGUUUUCUCAAACUUUUAAAGAUGUAUAUAUGAACUAUAAUACUAUUAAUGAAUGGAUUAUUGAUAAGGGAUCAACAACAGCAAUAAAUAAUGAAAAUAUUAUGUAUGAUUUACUUGAUUUGAGUGAAUUCGAUCAAAAACAAAAACUAAGAAAAAGAUCUCAACGAACAAUUAAGUCUUUAGAUAAAAAUAUUUCAUCAAAACAACUUUUACAAUCUCGUUUAAACUGUGAACAUAGAUUAACAACAAUUUAUGCAAAAAAAUUUGGUGAUUAUACAUUUAUUGUUAAAUUAUUAAAAUUAUUAGAUUAUAUUGAAAUAGAUAAAGAUGAAAAAAAUAAUCAUAUAGAUUUAUUAAAUAAGUUAAUUCUUAAACAUGAAAUUAAAAAAUUAAUUGAGUAUAAUACUACAAUUGAUAAUGAUAUAUUACAAACUCCAACGCAUCAAUCCAAAAUAGUUAUUAUUCAUCAAUUUACUGUUUUACUUCAUACAAGUGAACAUUUUAACUUAAAUGAUAAAAUUCAGCAAUUUUGUAUUCAAUUAAUAAUUGAAUUAUCAUCAAUAGCAAUGUCGCGCAGCAAUUGUUCAACUAAGAGUCUUCGAAUAGCUUUAGCAGAUUUGAUAUUUAUUUUAUUAAAAAAAAAACAAAAAACUCAACAUAUUGAAGAUGAUAAUCAAAUUCAAGACAUUGAAUCAAAACUUCCUGAACAAAUUCAAGAUUUAUUUACCACAAUUAAUGUUAUUAUUGCUUGGACUGAUCAAACAAAACAAACAUUAUUACCUGAAGAAUUUCUUUAA